UUUUCCUAUGUAUGUUUGUUUUCCCUCUAUUGGAGUCCCACCUGUAUGGACACGAGGGGUUUUCCUAGCUAAGACUCUGUGAUUGGUCAACAGUGACUUCCUCCGCUUCUCAAAAAGGAACUUUCUUGACCUAACAAUGACUUUGUACUUAGACCUUUGAAGAACACACACUGGAAUAACUGAAGCUCUACAUCAUUAUUUGCAAAGCAUCUAUUUCAAGGAUUGGGACCCUUUUAUUUAUUGAAAAGGAUUAGCUUUUUGCCUUGGUAAAACUGGUUAAUUUUUUUUCCUUUUAUAAGAAUCAAGAAAAAAAACUUUCAGAAUUCUUUAAGUGUCUUCUACGGACAAAAAAAAACAAACCAUGGGGAACAUGGAUGGAAAAACUGUUGAAGAACUAAGUGCUACAGAAAUUCACCGAUGGUAUAAAAAAUUUAUGACUGAGUGUCCAUCUGGUCAACUUACUCAGCAUGAAUUCAAGCAAUUCUUCGGCCUCAAGAACCUCAGCCCGGCAUCUAACCAAUAUAUUGAACAAAUGUUUGACACGUUUGACUUUAACAAGGAUGGUUACAUGGAUUUCAUGGAGUAUGUGGCGGCUUUGAGCUUGGUCCUGAAAGGGAAAGUGGAACAGAAGCUAAGGUGGUACUUUAAGUUAUAUGAUGUUGAUGGAAAUGGCUGUAUUGACAGAGGAGAGCUCCUAAAUAUAAUUAAGGCUAUUCGGGCUAUUAACAGAUGUAAUGAUGAGAUGACUGCGGAAGAAUUCACUGAUAUGGUUUUUGAUAAAAUAGACAUCAAUGGGGAUGGUGAAUUAUCAUUGGAGGAAUUUAUUGACGGUGUUCAGAAAGAUGAGCUACUCUUGGAAGUGUUGACCCGCAGUCUGGACCUGAAGCAUAUUGUUUACAUGAUACAAAAUGAUGGCAAAAGGAUGGAAAUCUCAGAGCGACCCCGACCCGAAAUUACAACUGGAACAUCGCCUCCCUGAGCCUGCAGAACUUUUGUCUGAGCUUGUGAUUUUUUUAACUCCUUUACCCUGGAAUUUGCCUGUAACAUGCCCAUGAUGGUUUGUAUAGGACAAGAUACUCCAGGAAACAGUUCCCAUAACUAAAUGGCACUUUGAAAAUUGGCUGCUGUCAUAUUAUUUAUUAGAACCCUACAACAACAUAGAGGGGUUUAUUAGGCUAGAUAUUGUGAUUUUAUCAUGGUCUGUUAUAUUUGCCUUGGACACAAUGAUUGCAUAUUUUUUUAAAGAUGCUUGUUUCUCAAAGAGAGCAGACUCUUAACGGAUACUUGUUGGUUCUGAACUGUACCUUGAAGGCCCGGUAUUAAAGUUUUACUGAGGGUAA